UCUGAAACAGACGUCCUUCUUCCUCCCUGAUGAAUCAUCACUUAUCUCACUCCAUCUCAGAUUCUUUUGCUGUGAGGAAGAUGUUGGUCCUUAAAAAAGACUUAACGAAAGAGGGUGUGGCUUUUGAUAAGCAUAUGAUGUGAUAAAUAUAUUAUAAUAUAAUAUAAUAUGAUAAAUCUGAAAUGUGUAAUUAAGAGACGGCUGAAGAUUCACUAUCUCUCGAGAAACGAACAUGAGAGAAAUUUCACUGAAAAAAUCCAAAUAGAUAUUAAGAUCUAGAAGGCAACUAGCUUCAUAUUUAUUUUUAUUUCUUUCAGACAUAACUUUGAUUCAUUUUCCUUAUUUGUAUAUUAUGGUGCAAAUAUUUGAAACACUGUCCAUUUAGAGCAGGGGUGGGCAACUCCAGGCCUCCAGGACUGGUCUCCUGAAAACUUUAGAUGCAUUUCUACUUCAAUGCACCUGAGUGAAAUAAUGAGGUCUGGAGAACCUGACUGCACUUAGGAGGUGAUUCAGCUAUUGAAUGCAAGUGUGUUGAGGGAGACAUCUAAGGGUUGCAGGACAUUGGCCCUCGAGGAUCAGGACUGGCCACCCCUGAUUUAGAGAUCACAUUUAAAAUGAUUUAAUGCAUUUAAAUCAAUUUAAAUGUGGUCCAAAUUUUUAGUAUCACUUUUUAGUAUCAGAAAGUCACUGUAAACAGUGACUUUUUUUCACUCUCUAAAAUACACACUGCAACCUCAAAUACAUGGCAAAAUAUUAACAGAAGCCCCCCAUCCCUCCUUCUGAAAGCCCACCAACAGGAUGCAUGCAGUGAAUGAAAAAGCGGAGGGAAAAUGGAUGCGUUGCUUGAAGCCUUUGAUGUACUAUGUGUUACAUUAAUGCGAUUAUUUAUCCAAAGCCAUGAGCCUUGACAGUGGAGUUUAUGUACAUCAAAACCACAGGCACUUUUUGUGCUUUGACAAAGACUUUGUGACGUCAUUACUCACAGAGCGUUAGCAUACUCUGUAUAAACACUGCACACAAGCAGCAACGGUAUUCUUUUACAGGAAACACAAUUAGGAGCAGAAAAUGGGUUAUAUUACAUAGAUCAGCUGGUCCUCGUCAUGGCAAUGCUUUCUCUUUUUAUGACUGUUUUGUGUUUGAGCCAUUCUAUUAAAUCAAGUGCCUUCAGGAGAAAUGUUAGAGUUUACACACCUUACAGGAUUUCAAAUCCUGUAAGGUAUGUACCUUACAGGAUUAGAGAAACUCCCAACUUCCCUCAAAGAAAAAAAAUAAAUACAAUACCCUCUUUCUGAAUGAGACAGAACAGACCAGGUGUAGGUGGAAUAUUUUUUUACGUCAUGUCUGGGUACCUGCAGCCACCGAACAAGUUCUUCUAACUGGAGCUGGAUAUUCCCAGUUUAAACACACACCCUCUAUUUGUGUGUCACACAUCGCCCCAGGAAAUAGGGCAAUGACUCAUCCGUGUCAUCAGAUAGAAAUGUGGGGUGUGGAUGCACUUUUGCUCUUCUUCCUCUUGUAACAGAGUAAAUUGAUUUUGGAACCACAGGCAAAAGACAGAGGCUUCUCUACUUAUUUUGUCUCCUGAAUGUCUUUUUUUCUUUAUCAAUGGCUUCUUAUUUAUAAAAUAGUUGCCACAAUAAAACUUUCUAUUUUCCAAAAGAUUUUGAGUGUCUUACUAAUGAAGAAGAAAUAGACAUAGAUGAGAAUUAGUCUAAUUACAAGUGAGAACGCAGACUCCAGGUAACACCUCAGACUUGCUUGAGAUGUGCAGAAAUCCAGAGUAAAUUUCCCAGAUACCUCAAGGUCUUUGGUUAAAGCAGUGAGAUAUUCUAAAUGGUGGAAGAAAAAAAAUCAUAAGAACUGGAGGGGAAAAAGAUGCUGUGGAGUGCAGAGACAGUGUUGCCAGAAAAUCCUGUCAAUCCCUGAGUGAAUAUAGCCCUCCAGAGGAUUUAUUUGGUACUACAACCAUGAAAAAGUUAUGCAUAUGUCAGAAAUACAAACAGAAAACCAGAACAACUGCAAUGGUGUUUGCUAAGUGUUAGAAAUGCCACCUAGAAACAUAUUGUAAAGGUCUGUUUAUCAAAAUAUUUAUUAUUGUUUCCUCACUGCGAUGUAUUUUGCUGGAAAGCCAUAAUGUUGGUGCUGCAUCUGAACUAUGGUAAAAGGUUUGGACAAAAAAAUUCAACAACAGAAAGCCCUUCGUCAUUGCUAAAACAUUUCAGAAUGUUACUCUUGUACCAUGAAAAAAAAAUUAUGUUUGGAAAAUUACCUUAUUUCCUGAUGGCAAAGUUGUGCAAUCUUACCCAAUGUUAAUGCAAACUCACUGUUGUCCAUCCCACUGAGUCAAGCCACUGCUCCAGAAAAGAAAUCAGAUACCUGAUACUCCAGUGAUAAAGGAAAACAAGUAUUGACAAGUGUUGAAAGUGUUGAAAAAGCAGAUCACAACCAAGUAUCGCUUUCACAAAUGUAGUUAAAUGUAACAAGUGGAAUGAUCCAGAAGAAGUAUUAAAGACAUUCAAAAGAUGGAGGGAGAAGAACAUAAAUGUAAAGUGGAAGAGGAAGAGGACUGGCAAAACACUACCACCUCAACAGUGAUGGGAACAUCAUGGUUUGGAGCCAUUAUUUAGCAUUUAGUACUGACAGACUUCAUUUAAUUCAAAUAAGAAAGACUGUGACAUUAAAGAUUUGGAAGAUGCAUAUUUAUCAAGCCAGACAUCAGUGGGGAUCAUUUAUUUUUGUGGAUUCAUAUCCUGUAACUCUUAUCCAACCACUGUGAUUUCCUGAAAAAGGUGAAUGAGGGGGCAGUGUAAACUGGCCCUCUGCCAUGUUGUCUUACUGGAAUGGAUUAAAUCCUGCCUUCCAAUAAAUAUCUCCUCCCAGUUUCUAUUUUUUCAACAUUGAGUAUUUCCUUGUCCCUGUUACAUCACAUAAAAAUAAGUUAUAGUGUAAGAGCUUUUUGUCUGCGGGGUCUGAUGUUUGUUUUUUGUUUUGUUUUUUUCCCCCAAUGAAAACAGUUGUAAACUUAUUGAAAUUUCUGUUCGCAAUCUUGGAGGAUUCAAAGACCAAAUGUUUUUCUGAAAUUAAAAAUGAACUUAGAAUAUGAUAAAAUAACUAUUCUGACUUUGAAAAUGUGCAAAAGAUCCAAUCUUCAAUGACCACGAUGUUCUAACCUCCAAGAGGUCUUGCAAAAUAGCUUAACUGUCUCAGAUUUCAGGUUGUUAUUUAAAGACUUGCCGAUAUCAGCUGAACAACAGAUAUCUCACUUAGUUGGAAUGCAUUGGAGUCUGGCUCAUGUUGUUGGGAAUGCAUGCAAAUGUUGCCAAGCAGACUUAUUUCUAAACGUCUAAGAGUUUUUCAAAUGAAUAAUCGAGUUUACCACCACUGCACACACUGAGCCACAGUUAACACAAUACUAUUUACUAAUUCCAUAUAAUGAAAUCUGAAAUACUCUACUUUCUAAUACAAAGCCACAGUGUAGUCAUGUUUUUCCAAAAAUAAUAAAAUAUAGACUUUGACAAUUUCAAAAUAUAUUUCUAUAAUGUAACAUUUACCCAGUUCAAUAUAUACACAAAACAAACAACUAAGUGAUUGAAUGAUCUUUUAUCUCAGUCCUCUUUGAUAGGAGCCCCCAAAUCGUAAGUUCUUAAUAUCUAUUCCCUCAAGUACACCAGUAAGUUCAAUGGCUUGACUGGGCUUGGUGAAGUAAGGCUCCAGCUCUCUAACUCUAUGUUCUUGAGCUAAUGUUUAGGCCACGUGAAAUUUGGAAGUCUGUAGCUAUCAACUCUUCAGAAAGUAUCCAGCCUCUAGCCACUCUGCACUUCAACGUCCUCAACAGUCAACAGUAGUAUAUGCAGUAGCAAAGACUUUUCAUUACAGGAUUAAUUGCACAGGUAGCGUCCAAUGCAUUGUAGAAAUCGUUUGCAUGCUGUGGUGUUUUAUACAUCUGUCAUCAUAAAAGUGAUUGAAAUACCUGGAUUUAAUGAUUUGGAGAGGUGAGCAAAUGCAUUUCACAAUAUCCCGUAUGCAAAAAUGCUUUAGAUUUUUUGUUCCAAUCUUCAAAAGACGCUUUUGUUCUUCUGUAACCUUCCUAAAAACUGCUUUGAUGAGCAAAUUCUUGGAAAACCCUAAUAAAACAGGUGGAUUUUACUUCUCAUUCGUCAGUUUUUUUCUACAGUUGAUGAGUUACAUGAACCUGUGAAUACUGAAAUGAAACAAGGUGUUUUUACCAGCUACAUAACAGGUGUUCGCAAUUAAGCAACUGCCCCUUUUCAUGUCAUGUCUCUUUUUAAAUAUAUUUAAAUAUCUUGUUUCACCUGUAUGUCAAAAUUUACAAGUGGUAAAAUUAUAUGUUGUGGUCUAAUUUUUUAGAUCAAGCAGGCAUUUUAACAAUUUCACCUUGCCCUUUAUCACCCUUAAUUACAACUGAAGCGUCACAUGAUCAUAUCUUAUCCUACCCAAUAGGGACAUUUUCCCGUCAAUUAUGAUGAAAUCAGAAACCAAAACCACAAAAAUCACAGGAUGUGUGUGGGUUCCAAAACAUUGAGUCAGUACUUUGAUACCAAGAAAACUGUUGCGCUCCAAGUUUUUUCCUGAUUAUCCUAAGCAGGAUCACACUGAGGUUUGAGCCAAAGGGGGAAAAUGUAGGAGGGGAAAAGACCCAUGCAAGACCAGACAGGAUUUAUGACGGAAGCUGACUAUUUAAAUAAGAUCUGUAAAAGGGAUGUGCUAUCUCUUUCAUUCACUGCCACAGGAGGAGAACCAGAAGUUGAAAAUCAAAGUUCAUUUUUCAAGAUGUGCAUCCCUCUGGCCCUGUUGUUCAUCUCUCUAAUGGCAGUUCCUGAGUUCUCAAGUCUUCCAACAAAGACCGACUCCAUCAGAAACAACAUAGAGGACAUAGUGAAAAUUGCUCAGAUAACUCUGGUCCACAUAAAUAAGCUAAAGAAUAAGUCGCCCCUACAGAUAGAGGUCUCCACUCCACCCAUGAAUGGAUUAACUGACAUCAGCCUCUAUCUUGGACAUUUAGAUGACGAGCUGCAGAGCCCCUUCACAAAUCUCCUGAGUCAGGUUCAAACUGACGUUUCCGGCCUAGACUCAAGGGUGCGCUCUCUUGCCUUAAUGUUGGACUGCCCCAUCCAGGACAAACCGAGUGUGGAGCCCAGAGAGCUUUUGUUCCCUGACAGCCAGCACUACGUGACGCUGGCAAAGGUGCAGCACUACCUGGAGAACCUUCCUUCAAAUGAGGAGAAACUUAAGGUUUGCUGACAAAUGCACAUGGAUUUCAAAUGCAAUUUGCUGCAAUGGUGUCAUUGUGGCGUGGUGUCUAAAAAAAAAGUUUUUUAUUUGAAAAUACAGUAUUUAGGUUUUAUAUUUUCUAUGAAUAAAUGUUUUGUUUUUUAAAGGCUGUUGACUAUUUAAUACUUAAGCUAAACAUCUAUUUUCAUUUGAAGAAAAUGCUUACAUGAAAGUAUAUUUGUUUAAGACAUAUAAUAGCUUAAAUUAUUACACUGAAUAAAAUAUUUAUCUAUGAGUAUGAUUUGAUUGUGAAUUAUUGAUUUGUUAUUAGAAAUGGGAUAAUUACUGAAAGUGAUGGCAAAAACUGUUGUAAGCAAAAGUGAAAAAGGGUUAAAAGUGGCACUUCAUUUGAAGUGAAAAGUCAAUGCUUUUUAAAGAGUUAUUUUUGUGAUUUUAGAUUUGUUUAUAAAAGCAUGGGUACUUCACAGUGCCUCACUAAGGUGCCUCAAAACUCAAGGUGUUUUAUUCAUGUCAGUUGAUAGACAAAUAAACAAAUGCGGUGCUUUUGCAA